GACGGGCCCUGCCUUGCCCUGCCCUGCUCUGCCGGGCCGCCGGCGCUGCUCCGCCGACAGAUUCACAGGCUCUUCCGGUUUAUUCACCCCCUAAUAUACAAGGAAGAGUCUCUAAAGUGAAUCCUUAUCAGAAGGACAAAGAUCUGGAAGAAAUUUGACUUUUGCACUGCGUUCAAGGAAAUACCAAAAUAAAGCAGAUGUUGUGUCCUGUACUGUUAUCUCAAGGUUUUGCAAGUCAUUCUGUUAUGUGCUUCUUGGCAGCAGGAAUGUAAACUAAUUCUCUCAGCACUGAACUAGAACCUUGACAAGGUUGUGAUUACAGAUUCAAUAUUGCAUAAACAUGGGUGCAUUUUUGGAUAAACCAAAAACUGAAAAACAUAAUGCUCAUGGUGCAGGGAAUGGCUUGCGUUAUGGCCUCAGCAGUAUGCAGGGAUGGAGAGUGGAAAUGGAAGAUGCUCACACAGCUGUUGUAGGUAUUCCUCACGGCUUAGAGGACUGGUCCUUUUUUGCUGUCUAUGAUGGUCACGCAGGAUCUCGUGUUGCAAAUUAUUGCUCCACACACUUACUAGAACACAUCACUAACAAUGAAGACUUCAGGGCGGCAGAAAAACCUGGAUCUGCUCUUGAACCUUCAGUGGAAAAUGUCAAGAGUGGAAUCAGAACUGGCUUUUUGAAAAUUGAUGAGUAUAUGCGCAAUUUCUCAGACCUCAGAAAUGGGAUGGACAGAAGUGGCUCAACAGCAGUGGGAGUUAUGAUUUCACCUGAGCAUGUAUACUUUAUCAAUUGUGGUGAUUCACGUGCUGUGCUCUAUAGGAAUGGACAAGUCUGUUUUUCAACACAGGAUCACAAACCUUGCAACCCAAGGGAGAAAGAGCGAAUCCAGAAUGCAGGAGGCAGUGUAAUGAUUCAGCGCGUUAAUGGUUCAUUGGCAGUUUCUCGAGCUCUGGGGGACUAUGACUACAAAUGUGUUGACGGUAAAGGCCCUACAGAACAACUUGUUUCUCCAGAGCCAGAGGUUUGUGAAAUUUUAAGGGCAGAAGAAGAUGAGUUUAUCAUCUUGGCUUGUGAUGGAAUCUGGGAUGUAAUGAGCAACGAAGAGCUCUGUGAAUUUGUUAAGUCUAGACUUGAAGUAUCAGAUGACCUGGAAAAAGUGUGCAAUUGGGUAGUGGACACUUGUUUACAUAAGGGGAGUCGUGAUAACAUGAGUAUUGUACUAGUUUGUUUUUCAAAUGCUCCUAAGGUCUCAGAUGAGGCAGUGAAAAAAGAUGCAGAGUUGGAUAAGCACUUGGAAUCACGGGUUGAAGAAAUUAUGGAAAAAUCAGGUGAAGAAGGAAUGCCUGAUCUUGCGCAUGUUAUUCGUAUUUUAUCUGCGGAGAAUAUCCCUAAUUUACCACCAGGAGGUGGUUUAGCUGGCAAGCGUAAUAUUAUUGAAGCUGUGUACAGUAGACUGAAUCCACACAGAGAGAAUGAGGGGGACCCUGGCGAAGCCGAGGAAAGUGGAACACAGGGAAAAUUGGUGGAAGCACUCAGGCAAAUGAGAAUUAAUCAUAGGGGGAACUACCGCCACCUUCUGGAAGAGAUGCUGACUAGUUACAGGCUAGCUAAGAUACAGGGAGAAGAGUGCACUGCUGAAUCAGCUGCAGCUUCUACUUCAGAUAAUGAUGCUGGACCCAGUGACCCUGUACCAGAAAACCCCACAGAAUCUGGGAAUCACCUUGCUGAAAUGCAAAGCUCAAGUGAAGAUUCAGGGAUGAAUGAGAUGAGCGAUAAACAGACAUAAUCUCUUUGUUUUAUGUAGUGGAUUUAAUGCUUCUCCUCACUUGGCGAUUUUCCUUUGUUUAUAUCUCAACAUUUGUCACAUCUAUUCUAGAAGUCUGUUUUCACUUUUGGAUAUCUGUACAGAUUGUUUACAUAAAUAUAUUUUUCCUUAGAAGUUCAAAAGCUAUGGUAAAUUACAGUAGUUGCAUCUUAUGUUAUAUAGCAACCAGGUAACUUUUGCCUUGAGGUUUUUUCAAAGUCCUCUGAUGCCAACAAUAGGAACCUAAUAUGCUAAUGCAAAAGUAAAUUAAAGAAAAAAACAACAAAACACCUUGUAAGUAAAUUUUUAAAUAACAGUUUUGAUUAUAUGUUUGCUGUUGUAAAGUAAUUCACAACUUAAUGGUAUCUUCUGUGCAAAUUAAUUGAAUGACCUGAAUAUUUCCAUUUUUCCCCUGCAUCAUAACUGCAUGUUUGUACUUGAAUUGUGUAUAGUUUAUAUUACAAGUAAAUUACAAAACAUACCACAUCUUAGUUUGUCACUUUUUCUUCUUGAAAUGUGUACCUUUUAUCCAAUUUAGAUUGUAUCCACUGUUCAUAAAUACCUAUUUUCUAGAUGACUGUGUUCUUAUUUCCCAGGUUGUAGCAUAACAUUUAUCCAGAAAUGAAAAUGUACUUAGAAUUAGUACCUAGUGUCAAAUUUUAAGAGUAUGUGUUUAAGUGAAAAUAAAGAACGUGCUGUGGAAUAACACCUGUAUGCAUAUUGACUCUUUUAAGCAAGUAAUAAACUUACUUUGAAAUGCCAUUAUUCUGACAUCAAAACUUCUCUCAUAGCUUCUGAUAUUAACUCAUCGUGAUGUUCAGUAUUUUCUACAGAUCUUUUUGUAAUUUUAAGUUUGGUACACUCCUCAUUAAUCCUCUGAGCAAUGUCUCUCAAUUUCAAGUUAAGCAUCAGCAAUGUAAAUGAAUAAACUGGCCAUUCUACCUAAGUUUACCUUCUACCAAAUUGUUUUCUUGUCUUUUGGUGUAUGACACAUGUAUGCACAUGCAUCUGGGUAGGUCGGUGAUCAUAAUGCUUAUUUCCAAUAGUGGUAACUGAUUUGCUAACAAGUUAACUCUGGAAUAGUUAGUUGUGUCAGAAUUCAGUCCUUAUUGUAACACUUGCGUAAAAAUAUCGUUGUUCAAAAUAGGUACAAAUUUCACUGCCUUAAUGAAAAAGAGCCUGUGGGAAUUUCUGAUGAACCAGGAAUACCUUAAGAGUUAAGUUUUAGUACUCUGUAGAAUUGUAUUUUGUAUUCCAUAGAUGUAGUACUAUCUAUUGAUAGCUAUGAUGUAGUACAAUUUUAGGUAUUACUUAAGUCUUUAUGUUAAAAUAGCUUUACUGGGUUCAUGUUUCAUAAAAGUGAAUUCUCCCAUGUAGUUGAAGAGCCAAGCAUGUUUGUGUGUGAAAGUGGGCAGGU